AUGGUGGAUCUCCGGCGAAGGCCCCGGUUCCUCCUCAUCGCCUUUCCGGAACAAGGCCAUAUAAAUCCCAGCCUUCACUUUGCAAAGCGACUGAUUUCUAUCGGAGCACACGUCACCUUCGUCACCGCUCUCUCUGCUCACCGUCGCGUGUUCAUCGGAGGUUCAACUCCGGUCGCCCGUUUGUCUUUGGCACCCUUUUCCGAUGGCUAUGACGAUGGGGUUAAACCCGAUGUUAACAUGGAACAUUACAUGUCGGAGAUCAGCUGUUGCGGUUCCAAACAUCUCUCCGAUCUCAUCCUCUCCGGCGCCGGCGCCGGCCAACCAUUUACAGGUUUAGUCUCUACCAUCUUCAUGCCAUGGGCAAUGGAGGUUGCCGAUGAACUUCAAAUCCCGUCAGCUCUUCUCUGGGUUCAACUGGCCACUUUAUUCGACCUCUUCUACUAUUUCUUCAACGGCUAUGGCGAUCUGAUGACGAACAGUGGUAAUAACCCUUCACGUUCGAUAGAAUUACCUGGACUGCCACUGAAGUUCGCUGGCCCUGACCUUCCUUUUUUCUUGCACGCUUCUAACACAGGCACUUUGGGUCUCAAAAUAUUUGAAAAACAGUUCGAAAUUAUUGAUAAAGAAAAAAACCCAAAAGUGCUUAUUGAUGUUCUAAACCAUCCUUCGUUGAGAUGUUAUGUAACGCAUUGUGGUUGGAAUUUGACAUUGGAGAGCUUGGUUUGUGGGGUUCCUAUGGUGGCAAUUCCACAGAAAGUAGAGCAAGGAACAAAUGCUAAGCUUAUAGAGGAUGUUUGGGAAACAGGGUUGAGAGUGAAAGCAAACGAGGAAGGGAUUGUUGAAAAAGAUGAGAUUAAAAGGUGCUUGGAAUUGCUUAUGGGAGAUGGAGAAAUUGGGGAAGAAAUCAGAAGGAAUGCUGAGAAAUGGAAGGCUUUGGGUAGAGAAGCUGCCAUGGAAGGUGGCUCUUCUUAUAAGAAUAUAAAGGCUUUUUUGGGAGAUGAUUGA